AUGGCCGAGCAGGAUUCCUCAUCGCUAAUUGAGGUUGUAAAACACGUUGCAGAGCAGCAGCAUUCACAAGCCUCAGCCAUAGAAAAAAGCAAAACAACUCUUUUCCAGUUGCAGGGAAAGUUUCAACAACUAGAAAAAGAAAUGAAUUCUAUUCUGUUGGAAACGAAGACGAUAGAAAGGGAAAUCCAUCUGCAAGAGGAUGCCAUAGAAGUGACAAAACUUCACUGUGAAAAUCUAGAGGCUGAAGUCAGAGCCCUGUAUUCUGAGAAUUUAAAGCUGAGGUGUGAUGCAGAAAGAGCACAAGAAGAGUUUGAGAUGACAUUUGCAAGAAAUAACGAGUAUUGGGAGAAAAUAAAGGCUCAUAAACGUCUCUUUUGGGAGAUGGAAAGUAAAAUGACAGCUGUUACUGAGCUGGCCAAAAAGAAAGCUGCUGUUAAGGAAUUAAAGACAAAGAAAGAGGAGUUAAUGCACAAUCUUCAGAAUCCAGAAGAAUCUGUUAUAAAACAAAUGCAGGAAGAAACCACAAUUUUAAAAAGGGAAAUUGCAACACUGGAAGAGUGCAUAAAGACCAAAACAGAUUUGCUGGAAGAGGAGAAAAAAAAGCAUGAGAAGCUUAAAAAAGAAAUCGAGGUGCAGAAUAAAAGAUACAAUGCUAUUCUAAAACGUUUGCAUUGCCAACUGAACAAACUCCAGUCCAAAAGAAGACAAUGGCUCUGGAACAUUCAGCAGCUGGAGAAGAAGGCAGCAGAGCUAAAAAAGAGUGUUGAAGUUCUGGAGGUACAAAGCAGCAUAUAG